UAUAAGUAGGUUGAUAAUGCAAAUACCAGGUCCUUCGUAUCGCCGCUGAGCCUGGGGAUGAGCUUACCCCGAGACGCACAUCAGAACUCCGACUGACUAUCAACUUGCAGGGCGUCGAGGCGCAGCCCCACCAGCUGUAGCCACUUUUCACGAUGGACUUGUGGGAUGCUACCACACUCGACACAGAAUUGAACUACACAGAACCAGACAAUGACACGGUAGUGGUUGAGGAGCGGUGGCGUCAGGUCCUGGACAACGUCAACACCAUCAUCAUGACCAGCAACACCAUCACUCUCAUGCUGGGGAUGGGCGCCGCCAUCUCCGUCAUGGAGCUGUGGGGACACGCUAAGAAGCCCGUGGGGGCCGUCAUCGGCAUGGUGGGACAGUUCGCAGUGCUGCCAGCUAUUGGUUUCUGCCUCUCGGUAGGCUUCAAGCUGAAGCCCUACGAGGCACUGGGAGUCCUCAUCAUUUCUUGCUGUCCCGGCGGAGCUUUCUCUAACUUCUUUACCUAUUGGGCAGAUGGAGACGUGGCACUCAGCAUCAUGAUGACGGCGUGUUCAUCCCUGCUGGCCUUUGGAGGGAUGCCCUUCAACUUGUGGGCUUAUGGCAAGUACUGGCGAGGGGAUGAUAACACUUUCGUUAUUCCCUUCGCUAACAUAAUAGGUUCCCUCGCACUCAUAACGGGACCAGUUAUUGUGGGUAUGGUGGUGAGGCACUUCCACCGGCGGGCGGCAGAAAUUGUAACUAAGGUGUCGGUCAUCGUUGGGUGGAUAGAAGUGCUCUUUACCACCAUCAUUUGGCUCAUCCUUUAUUGGCAAUCGUUCGUGAUAGCCACUCCUCUGCUCUAUCUGGCUGCCUUCCUCCUACCGUCCAUUGGGUUCAUUCUUGCAUUCCUCUUAGCCAAGAUAACCUGCCAGAACAACAAGUUAUCGCGCACCAUCGGUAUAGAAACCAGCAGCCAGAACAUGCCCGUUGCUGUCAGCAUUAUCCUCCUCUCUUUUGACGGGACGGAUAUAAAAGGUUCACUGAUGUUGUUCCCUACGCUGUACGGGGUGCUGCUGAUACUUGAAGCUAUCGUGGGCAUCGCCAUCUUCCAGCUGUACAUGAGGACCUGCAGGAGGAAGAAAGAAGAAUACCCGGCGGUGCAUACAGCCCGACUUGAGCCCGCUACCCCGGCCGAGAAGGAGACCUUGAGAGUGUGAAGCCGCCAAUAAGAUUCAGAAAAUGUUUUCUUUUGAGUGUAUGUCGGGGCAGGAUGACGAGACUGUGCGAUGAUAACGUCCUCCACUUAUUUCAGACGGAUUUUGUGUUUGUACCUCAUGUUUAAGCAUCACGAAAAAAAAAAAAAAAAAAAAAAAAAAGAUAA